CAAAAUAGAAAACGCCAAAAAGCAAAAAGGUCAAAGCCACAACCGGCCCAUGUUUCUGUUUAGUUCUGUAAAACAUUUAUAUUUUAUUUAUUUUUCAUAAACAUAAACUAGAAUAAAUAAUAUUCUCAAUGAAACUCGUAAAACCACAUUGGGUUCAUCAUGAUGACAAACCCAUAUUUUCAGUUGACAUUCACCAAGAGUGCCUCAAAUUUGCCACUGGCGGGCAAGGCAAUGAUUCUGGUCGAGUGGUCAUAUGGAAUUUGCUUCCAAUACUAUCGGAAAAAGCUGAAUUGGAUAAUUCAGUGCCAAAAAUCCUGUGCCAAAUGGAUAGCCAUUUAUCGUGUGUCAAUUGUGUGAGAUGGUCUAAAAAUGGACAACUUUUAGCGUCUGGAUCUGAUGAUAAACUUGUCAUGCUCUGGAAAAAAGCAAAGGGUUCAAGUGGUGUUUUUGGAACAGGUGGCAUAACCAAAAACCCUGAAAGCUGGAAAUGCAUUGCAACUUUGAGAGGUCACUCUGGCGAUGUUUUAGAUUUAGCUUGGUCUCCACAUGAUCGAUGGCUAGCAAGUUGCAGCGUUGACAACUCAAUUAUCGUUUGGGAUGCUCAAGCAUUCCCCUCGAUGGUUGCAAUGCUAAAGGGGCACACUGGUCUUGUGAAAGGUGUAACCUGGGAUCCGGUGGGAAAGUUCUUAGCAUCGCAAAGUGAUGAUCGUAGUGUCAAAAUCUGGAAGACCAGUGAUUGGACUUGCAGCAAUACAAUCACAGAACCUUUUGAAGAAUGCGGUGGAACAACACAUAUUCUCCGUUUAUCUUGGUCUCCAGAUGGUCAGUAUUUAGUCUCAGCGCAUGCUAUGAAUGGAGGUGGUCCCACUGCUCAGAUAAUAGAACGCGAAGGAUGGAAAUGUGACAAAGAUUUUGUCGGCCAUCGCAAAGCUGUCACAUGUGUACGUUUUCAUUCAUCAAUACUUAAGCGACAGGCUCCGAAAACCAAUAAACCUCAGCAAUACUGCUGUCUGGCAGUUGGAUCGCGCGAUCGUUCAUUGUCGGUAUGGAUGACCGCUUUGCAGCGACCACUAGUUGUUAUACAUGACUUGUUUGAAGACAGCAUUUUGGAUUUAUCAUGGGGUGCUGAAAAAUGCAUUUUACUUGCUUGCAGUGGAGACGGUACAGUUGCUUGUUUGCAAUUCUCUGAGAAAGAACUUGGAACAUCACUGUCGGAGGAAGAUAAAAAUUUACUGUAUCAAAGAAUCUAUGGAAAGGGUACUUCAUUUGAAACAACUACUUCGGCAAGAGAUACCCUCAUAGAAAAUGCUGAAUUGUUAAACGCAGUACCAGAACAAGUAUGCCCACCAUCAUUUCCGAUCGAUCUUAAUUCAGAGACUAUCAAGGAAACCACGGUCCGAACUAUGACAUCUAAUUCUGCAGAUACUAUCUAUCAAGCUAAAGCAAUUAACAAGCAAACCGAAACUCGGACAGCAGAUGGUAAACGAAGAAUAACUCCAGUGUUUAUACCACUAAACCAAGAACCAGGUGACGUACCAGUUACAGUCAUUAAUAGCAGUUCACGUCCUAAAAAUGAUGCCAUUAUAGUAGCAGAGAAACAAUUUGUUAGUUAUGCAGACACUUCAGCAAUGAAACCUAUCAUAACCGAAGCAGAACAAACGCGUUUAGAUAACCGUUUGACAAAAAGUACAUUGGCAAUAUCACCUUCGCAAGCUAGUCAAACUGUUCUCAAGUCAUUUCCAGCCGUUUCAUCUUCGUCCACUUCGAAUACAAAACCACAAAUUUCCAAUGGACCUGUUUUGCAUGGACAUAAAAAUGAAGUCAAUAAAUCAGCUCAAGAUUAUAGAAUUCAUGUGCAAAAUAGUGCGCUUACUACAUCAAUGGGUCCUCUUUCUAAAGUUAUAUGCUGGGCUGUUAACGGAAAUGAGAAAAUUUGGGAAAUAUUUAUUGGAUCACAAGUUGCUUCGUCUUGUUUGUCUUCCAAAUAUUUGAUCGUGUGUAGUGUAGAUGGUACUUUGCGCAUACUUUCCUUAAGCACAGGCAACACUGUGUUUCCUAUUAUAAAUUUAGCAUCAGCAGCAGUACAGUGUGCUUUUUGCCCACUGGGAAAUUUGGUUGGCGUGAUAACAGAAUGUGGUUUACUAAGAAUAUGGGAUAUUGCGUUGAAAAAAAUUGUCAUUUCUACAACUUGUGCCGAAAUAUUUGGAAAACAUGGUCAAGUUGUUCAAUUUAGCAUUACAGAAAAUGGAGUUCCUUUUGUAUUAUUUUCCAAUGGAAAUUCUUAUACAUAUUCAUCCAGCAUGCAAUGUUGGAUGGUAUUAAACUCUAAAGAUCCCGCAAUUCGACAUGGCUUAAGAACAGCAAUACCAAAAGAUUUUCAGAAGAACUUUCGAUCUUAUCCUCUUACAACAAUACAGUCUUCAUCAAAUAACUAUACACCUAAUGCUUCUGAAAUGAAUAAAGAUGACUGGCAAUCAGGAGCUAAACUUCUUUUCAUAGAGAAUCAAAUAAAACUUUGUGAAGUUAUAAAUUCGCCAAAAGAAAUGCAACAUUGGUAUUCUUCACUGGCAUAUCAUCUGGCAACAAAUGGAGUUGAAAAGCAAAUACGAUUGCUUCUGGAUGAUCUGUUGGGUAAUAAUUGUGCACAAUCGAGCGAAGAAGAUCUUCAUAUUUUGGGAAUACCUAAAAAAAAUAUAUUAGAUACAGUUCUUAAUGUUUUCAAAUUGCAUCCGAAAUGGCAACGUUUAUAUAUGGAAUAUCGAGAACUAAUAGAUUGUAAGAACGAUAAUAUUAAUAAGCUAUGGAAUUAAGUAUGUUUUUUUUUAAAUAACAAUUAAAUAUUAUUGAUAUAUGUAAGUCACAAAACAAUAUUUGUUUUAAAUGUGAUAACAACUAAAAUAUAAAUGCAUUAUA